GUUCAGUUGAUUGCUCACCUUGAAAAUGGGGUCGAUGUGGUGGUGGGAUUUAUUGAGUCGCCAUCCCUAAUAAUCCGGGGAAGGUCCCCAUCAAACUACCAGUCGAGUAAACAGAGAGAAGCCUCCACGGGUCAAAAUGCGUUCCGCAAUAUGCACUUUGCCCUGCUCCUGAAUGACUUCAGGGACUCGCAAAUAACCCUCGAAAAUAGUGAUGGCUGUACAAACCAGUAUUUAACCCGAAGCGAAAACGAGACCACUGAAAGCCCCGAGGAGGUAUUUACACCACAUGAUGAAUUUGAGCUCGAUCCAAGGAUAGCUGAUGGUGGUGAAGUCCAUCUAGAAAUGUUCUUACCUGAAUACUAUAUGACUGACCACGAAAACGUGAACCCAAUGGACAGUUUAGAGAUAUUCAACCCCGAGAGAGAAUUGAAGAUGAUUGAUAGCAUACUCGCUGAGCUUCAAGGAACCAAAUCUGAGACCACUAACAAGGCAGGCGAGAGAAAAAGGCAUGAUUUACCCUUUGAAAACAACGGCUUAUGGAGGGGACCGAUCGAUAAUCAAUACAAUCAUUUACCUUCAGAUGAGAACAACCCCUUUCCUCUUCCUUACAUGAUCAUGCCAAAAAUAGUUGAUGGAUAUCACUUGGAAACAUUUUCGACAGACGAGGAAUUGGAGCAUACCUCUGGGCUAUCCCUCUCCCCUAUCAAACGGUUCAACCAGCUUGCAGAUAUUGAAUGGAACACAAAAAGAGACACAGACGCCUACGGCGACGGGAAUAUACCCAAGGGGACGGAUUGCUUAACGGGUAGGUUCAGCUUGGAGAUUCAGAGCUUUUCGUCAGAGAAUAAUUUAUUUGAAAAUCCAUCCUCCUACUUGAAGGGAUUGGAGGGAAUGGAGGAUGACUGCCCUACCUUUCUAAUGAGCGAGAUAUGAUAUGGUUGACGAUUCACCAGAGCACACUAUUCUCAUUGCCACUUACAAAAAGCUCAGUGUUUGAGCAAGGGAGGAAAAUUAGCAUCU